CAAGAAUUGUUUCACUGCACAAUAAAAAGCUAAAGCUAAAAGACACUAAAUCAGUUAUAACUUUCUCUUUAUAAUGCAGAACAUACAUAGAUGUCCAAAGUUAGUAGGAACAAACCAAAAUUUUCCUGUGCUUUGAUGAUUCUCAUCUUUUCCUGUGAUUGAUUGACUUAUUCAAUCAUCCAUGUUUUAGUCGGUGCAUUCAUUGAGCCCACUUUGACAUGAGAGCGCAGUCAAUUUUUACACAUUCCUGCAGCAUGGAGAAAGGAUGCCAAUUCAGAGGCAACAGAUUUCUCUCUGUCAAAUUUCCACAGGUAAUUGCGAUACUUACGAGUUUUGCAGUCUUGUUGGUUGAAGGUACAACUAUGUCCAGCUUGUGCAGAACAAGCUGUGGUGAUUUACCCAUCGAAUACCCAUUUGGUAUUGAUGAUGGGUGUGGGAGUUUGGAGUACAGAUCAUUACUUGUGUGUACCAAUAACACCCAGCUUGAACUAUGGACCCCCUCAGGGAGAUAUCGUGUCAUGAAUAUUAGCUAUGAUAACCAAUAUGUUGUUGUAUCAGACUCUUCCAUGUGGAGUUGUAGUGCAGGGAAUAAACUUCCCCAGAGCCAAAGAUUCAGUCUUGAUAUCAGUAAAAAGUUCUCUAUUUCAAUUUCCAACACUUUUCUCUAUUUCAAUUGCAAUGAGUCAUUUGUCCUGGUUCAACCACAGCCUAGUUACUGUGAGUCACAGUCCGAAAGAUGUGAGUCUGUGUGUGAUAGUAACAAUUACCUCUGCAAUAAUUUGCCUGUUUGCCCAAAAGCUCUGACCAAAGCAUCUUGUUGCUCCUACUAUCCAAGGACUUCAGAUUCCUUGAGAUUAAUGCUUGAAAACUGUGAAUCAUAUACAAGUGUGUAUUGGGGUCUCACCAAUAAAUCUACUUCUUAUAACCAACUUCCUAGCUAUGGGAUUCGCUUAAAUUAUGAAGUUCCCAUCACUACCCACUGCGUGAAUUGCCAGGAACAUGGAGGGAUCUGCGGCUAUGACACCCAAUUAUCCAGUUUUCUUUGUCUCUGCACUCAGAAGAAUACCACCACUUAUUGCACAGAGCAUAAUGUUCACCACGUACGCCAAGGCCAAGUAGUUGCAGGAAUUGUGGCAGGGAUAGGUGUUGGAGGGAUGAUUGGUGGCGGGGCCAUAAUCUGGUAUCUCAGGAGGACGAGACCAAAUAGACCUUACAGAUUAGGAGCUGUCAACACCACAUGAUCUUUUGCUUUUAAAUUUGUUUCCCACUACCCACUACUCACUACAAAUGCACGCCCUCAUUUCUAGUAUUAGCUAUGUGGCAGAGGAGGUUAGAGAUGUUAGCACAGGAGAUGAGUAGCUCUACACAUUUUACUUUCAUAUCUACAUAAACAAGCACCCACAGAUCCUUUACAUAAAAUGUGUUUACUGUAUCCCAUUUUUAAAUAUAUAUUGAGUCUUUAUAUAGCCUAUUUUGGAA